AUGGACAGAUACGAGCAAAAUCUAUCCCUUGACAAUUCGACAAUGAUAGAAGAACUUUGCAUUAACUGUCAACUUACUAUUGCUAUACUCUCACCAUCAUGUAAGCCCCUUACGACUUAUCCAAAGGCCCGGGAGUUUGAAGGCGGCAUGCGUGAUGCUAUCAUUGGACAUUGCAACUUACAUGAAAGCGGGAUGAUUCUAGAUGAGAUUCUGGCAGAAAAUAUCAUCCUGCCUAAACCAGAUGAAACAGGUGUUACCAAAAGCUUCCUAGUUGGUUUAGAUAUGGCUUCUUUACGUCGAAACCACGACAAUUGA